AUGACAUUCAACCUUCCUAGAGACAACAUUUCUGCUGUGACUAAAUGCUCUGAAUACAGAGAUGGGGAAGAAGAUUUUAUCUGUAAAAUUGUCAAAAUGUUCAAGGCAGUUGAUGGGGCACUAUAUUUUACUGCUCAGUGGUAUUACAGAGCUAGUGACACGGUCAUACAAAGCAAUGCUUAUCUUAUUGAGAAAAAACGUGUUUUUUUCUCAGAGAUUCAGAAUGACAAUCCGCUGGAGUAUCUUGUGAAAAAACUAGUUAUUGCUCGUGUUCCUCUAAAUGUUGACUUAGAGGCAAAAAAGUUGUCAAUCCCGACUUGUGAUUAUUAUUGCGACAUGUUGUAUUUAUUGCCUUACUCCACGUUUUGUAACUUGCCACCAGAAAACAGGAAAUCUGGCAGUGAGACUUCAUCCACGAUUUCUAGUGAAGUUGAUGCCAAUGGAUGUGAUACUACAGAACGUAAGAAGGCAGAGGUUACAUUAUUGGGUUUAUAUUCUGGCUGUGGUGCUAUGUCAACUGGUCUGUGCCUAGGUGCAAAUAUGUCUGGUUUAAAUCUUGUUACAAGAUGGGCUGUUGACCUAAAUGAACAGGCCUGUAAAAGUCUCAAGUUGAACCAUCCGGAGACAGAGGUGAGGAAUGAAGCCGCAGAAGAUUUCCUUGCACUGCUAAAAGAGUGGGAAAAACUAUGCAUUAGUUUUUCCUUGGUCGAAAGUAAAGAACCACAGCAACAAUUAGAUUAUUUUGGUACGGUGGAUGACGGAGGUGAAGAAGACGAAGAAGAUGAUGGCAGUAGUGAGGCUGAUGAGGAAGAUGAUCCUGAAGUUUUUGAAGUUGAGAAGAUUCUAUCCAUUUGUUAUGGUGAUCCAAAGCAGAAGGGCGAACGUGGAUUAUACUUAAAGGUUCGCUGGAAAAAUUAUGGACCCAAUGAAGAUUCUUGGGAACCAAUUCAUGGGUUGAGUAAUUGUAGAGAGAAGAUAAAAGAAUUUGUCUCUCAGGGGUACAAAUCAAAGGUUUUACCGUUGCCAGGCGACGUGGACGUGAUUUGUGGAGGGCCUCCAUGCCAAGGUGUUAGUGGCUUUAACCGUUUUAGGGAUAAGAACAAUCCUCUGGCUGAUGAAAAAAAAAUGCAAUUAAUGGUGUUUAUGGACAUUGUGGAUAAUCUAAAGCCAAGAUUUGUUUUGAUGGAAAAUGUUGUCGAUCUAGUAAAGUUUGCUAAAGGAUAUCUUGGACGACAUGCCUUGGGCCGGCUCAUUCAAAUGAAUUACCAAGCCCGUUUAGGAAUGAUGGCAGCUGGAACAUACGGGCUUCCUCAAUUUCGGAUGCGAGUUUUCUUGUGGGGAGCUCAACCAACAGAGCUUUUACCUCAGUAUGCACUCCCAACCCACGAUGUCGUCAUAAGAGGAGUCAUUCCCGCUGAGUUUGAGAGAAACACGGUAGCAUAUGAUGAGGGUCAUUCAGUGGGUCUAGAGAAGAAACUUUUGUUGAAGGAUGCAAUUUCUGACCUUCCAGCGGUUGGAAAUUAUGAAUCUCGUGACGAGAUGCCAUACGACAAAGAUCCUGAGACAGAGUUUCAAAGGUUCAUAAGAUUAAGCAAAGAUGAAAUGAUCGGUUCAUCGGAGUUAAAACAGAGUAAACAGUUGCUCUUUGAUCAUCGUCUGCUUGAGUUGAACACGGAUGAUUAUCAUCGUGGAGCAAAUUUUAGAGAUUUACCAGGAGUUCAAGUUCGCCCAGAUAAUAAAGUUGAAUGGGAUCCUAACAUAGAGAGGAUUUAUUUGGAUUCUGGAAAGCCUUUGGUCCCAGAUUAUGCCAUGACUUUCAAGGAUGGAACGUCUUCAAAACCUUUUGCCCGUCUUUGGUGGGAUGAGACGGUGCCAACAGUAGUUACCAGAGCAGAGCCGCACAAUCAGGCCAUUUUACACCCAGAACAAGAUCAUGUUCUUACAAUUCGUGAAAAUGCACGAUUGCAAGGUUUUCCUGAUUACUACCAGCUUUGUGGACCUAUAAAAGAAAGAUAUAUUCAAGUUGGAAAUGCAGUGGCAGUGCCAGUGGCUCGAGCGUUAGGGUAUGGAUUAGGUUUAGCAAUUCGAGGAUCAACAACACAUGAACCUUUAUUUACACUACCUGAAAAAUUCCCAAACAUCUUAGAAAGACUUGCUUGUGCAUCAUCUAAAGAUGAUACUUGAUUGUUGUACUCAAAACAUGUGGAUUAUUAUAGUACAAUUCAUAAUUGUAAUUUUACAAUAUAUUAUAUUUUAUUCUUUGUCUCA